CCGGCCGAAAACUGCAGUUCUGGAUGAGCUCACCUUACAGUACGCCAUGAAGUGCUCGAGUGCGGGUGUUGUGACGGCGGCAGUGGACACCACUUAGUGCACUAGAUAGUGUGCACCGCAGCGCCGCCUGCCGGAAGAGCGCGUGCGUGGUGUUGACGUCAUUGAGCCGCGACGCGCCGCGCUGAUCAUGGCGGCCUCACGGAAGGGGAAGGCAGUGAAGGCGGUGAAGCAGGAGGACCUGCGGCGGCUGAUGCAGGAGACGCGGCGCGAUAGCGGGCGUCAGAAACGCGUGGAGUCUCCGUUCGCGCGGUACAGCGGCGCGGGGCAGCUGAUGUGCGCGCUGUGCGACGCGCCGGUGAAGAACGCGCUGCUCUGGCAGACUCAUGUGCUGGGCAAACAACACAAAGACAAACUGCAGGAGCUCAAGAGCAGAACUGCGCCUGCGCACACGCCUGCACCUGCGCACACG